AUGUCAAUUAUAGCUAAAAAUUACUUGGAAAUUGUGGAAGAAAGCAGUUGUUUACAAAAGAAAACUAUUCGUAAACCAAAAAGAAGGAAUUAAUAUACAGUGGAAUUUAAAUUUGGAUCAAAUAUUAAUACAGACAAACUUAGAGACUAUGUUGAAGUUUAUUUCAAUAUCCCUGCAUCAAUAGCAGAAAAAUAAGUUAUAAGACUUUACUCCAACAUUUAGUUUCCAAAUGAUUACAAAUAAUAAGUUAAAUUAGGUUGUUUGUCAGUUGAUCCUCACUCUUAUAAUUAUAAAGUAAUUAGAAUUGAUAAGAAAACGAAUUUAACUAUAUUCACUCUUGAAACAAUAGAUAAUCCCUUUACACCAUUUGAAUAAUUUUUAAAAAAAAUUUAAUCAUGUAAUCCAAGACUGGCAUAGAGUUUUUAAGCUUUUAAUUAUAGAAAUUUAGAUACAAAUACUUAUAUGUAAACGAAAGAAAAAUUGAUAGAAGACUUUGAAUUGUAAUUAGAAUAGCCUUUUACAUGUUAUUUACACAAAUUAAAAAAUGGUGUAUGUACAACAAUUUAAAGAGUGAUCAAUGAUAAAUUUAUGGAUUUAUUAGGAAUAAGCUAUCUGAUGUUGGAGGAUCAUGUGUUGUCAACUAAUAUUUUACCAUUUUCAACUUAUAUUGACCCUAAUGAUGAUGUAUGUGAGAUACUUUCUGGACUGUUUGAAGGAAACGUAAAGCCAGAUAUUCGAACAAGAGAAGUCAUGAAUUAUAAUGGUUAAAUAUUUCAUUGUAGAGUUGAGAAUAAAAGCUUUUUUACUUUUAAUGAGGAAGAGAAUGCAUAUUAUGAAUAUGCUUAUUAUAUUUAUGAUUGUGAUCCAAGAUGGUUGACUAAAUCAAGAGUAAAACGAAAUUAACAAGAAUAUUUUAAUGAAAAAUGGUUUAAUCAAGAAAAGUUAAGAACAAGAUUAGUAUCAGAAGAUUCUUAGUCAAUUUCAUCUAAUAGAAAUUGUGGAUUCAAAUAAUUAAAUUUUGAUAUGUGA